AAGCCGACUUCCUGUAAAACUCCCAAUUGUGUAUUUGCUGUUCAGUGGCUUUGGUUCGCCCCACAUCACGUAUAAGCAGAGGAAGUUUAAAUCAUUGACUCUUUCUUUCUUUUUAUUUUCACAUUUGUCCUCAGUCUCAUCAGUUAUUAAUCUGACACUGCUGUUAAACGAAAGAAACUGGCAACCAGUCAUUCUUGUUUGAAUGACAGGCAACCAGCAGCCUGGAGGACAGUGAAGAAAUUGGAAAUAUUGGCUUAAUCAGAAGAAAUAAUGAUUUGAUCUUCAAGCUGAGCCUUCAGCAUAGAGCACAGAGACCUGCCCACUGGUUAACGGCUGCCCUUCACUCCAGAGGCUGCUGCAGUUCCAGCAUUUUUUCUUCCAGCUUGCUGGCCACAUCAGUGCUGGUGACAUUGGCUACGUGCUAUCCCCGAGAAGUCUCCAUUGUAUACGGUUCCUGGGAUAGUCUUUGUGAAGAGAGAUGAAAGGGAGGAAGAGCAAAGGAGAAGACAUAACCUAUGCAGACCCUGAUAUGGGAUCAGAACUGAGACUCAUCCUCGUUGGGAAAAGUGGAGCUGGGAAAAGUGCGACAGGAAACUCCAUCCUUGGUGAAGAAAAGUUUGAGUCCAAGCUCGGGGCAAAGUCAGUAACUUUGACUUGUGCAAAAGGGCAAAGGAGCUGGAAUGGGAGGGAGCUUGUGGUUAUUGACACACCUGCCAUUUUUGACAGAAAGGUUUGUGAGACAGUAACUCGUAGAGAGAUUGGUCACUGUAUCAAACUCUCUGCCCCUGGCCCCCACGUUCUGCUGCUGGUCACCCAGCUGGGCCGUUACACUGCAGAAGACAAGGACGCAGUGAAGCAAGUAGAGGAGAUUUUUGGAGUUGAAGCCAUGAGGCACGUGAUUCUCCUGUUCACUCGUAAAGAGGAUUUAGGGGUUGGUUCACUGUGUGACUACGUGAGAUACUCAGAUAAUAAAGAUCUUAAGGGGCUGAUUCAGAAGUGUGGGAACCGAUAUUGUGCGUUCAAUAACAAAGCAACUGGAGCAGAAAUGGUUGAACAGGUUUCUGAGCUGAUUGAAAUGAUCCAGGGAACAGUUCAGGAGAAUGGGGGCAGAUAUAUCAGACAGGAAUAUUUAACUGAUCAAAACAUGAGAGGCCCUAUGGGAAUAAAUAAAACUGCUUUCACAGCCUUCACUGUGGCAGGUUUUACAAAGUAUAGUGACGUUAUUUUGGGCUGCAUGGUUGUUACAAUUUGUAUUGUUGUUGUUGUAGUACUUCUCCUGGUUUUUGUCCCUCAUUAACAGCCAUUAAUAAAGUUUCAUUGCAAUCUAACCCUGCUGCUCCUCAAACCCUGCAUCUCAGCUUCUCAGGCACCCUCACCCUUAUGUUAGUGCAGCACAUUCCUACAAAAUACAAGUAAUAAUGUUAAUAUUUCUUCCUUAUUAACAUUAUGUAUUAUAAUAUUAUUGAGUUCUUAUAUAGAGAUUUUCAUAAGUAGCCCUCAACGUGCUUUAUAAAGGAGGUUGGUAUCAUACUCCCCAUUUUACAGAUGGGGAAACUAAGGCUCAGAGAGGAGAGGUGAUGUGAUUUGCCCAUAGUCACUCCGCAGGCACGUGGCAGAACUGGGAAUAGUCCAGUGGUCCAGCCAUGAGGCCUCAAUAUUAGGUUGCUUUAAAGAUUCUGGACCAAACUCUGCCCUCACUUACCCUGCAUUUGCAGUAGUUUGAUUCCAUUAAUUUCAGUGAAGUAAUCUGGAUUAUAGCCAUGUAACUGCUCCCAGUUACUCUGGGGUUGCAGUGGGGUAGCUCUAUUAAUUUCAGUGGAGUAUUGUGAAUUUACAGUUAUGCAACAGACUACAGUGUAGCCCCCUGAAUAGAGGGGUCAAAUAACUUCAGUUAUUAUGUAAACUCUGAGACAUUGAACACUGUAAAGUUUCCAUUAAAACUUAAAUCUUGAACGUUUAGAGGGCCAAAUUUAGACCUGUGAGUAGAUGAAACUGCAUUGGCUUCAGUUACACAAGGAAUUAAUGUGGCUCAUUAAGUUUACCUUCCUUUGAUAUUUUGAAAACAAAGAAUGUAAAAUCACCAGAGAUAUGAGUAUGAAAUAUGGUAAUAUAUGGAAUUGUUACUUUAAAAAAAUAAUCUUCAGUUUCUUUAUCAGUUAGAACCGCCGCAAAUACUAUGGCAAUUUCCUCUGAAUAUAGAGAUCAGCGUUUGUCCAGUACCUUGUGUGAACAAAUCAUGAGAACACCAAAAACUUUUCUGCAGCUGAAAUCCAUGUAAUAGAACAGCUGGCAGUGCUGAUUCAGGGAAUGCAAUUCAUUUUUGCAGAGAUUUCUGUUUCCAGGCUCUGACCUCAGUGAUUUUUCAGGACUGUGGGGUAUAUAAAUCUGCAAACAAAAGGUGUCACUCUGGUUUUGAUGCACAGUUCUGCUUCUUUACAUGUAAAGGGGUCUCCAUAGCCUGUCUGCAGGGGCAGUGCUGUGAGGCGGUUCAAGAUGGAGGAUGUUCCAGAGACUGAAGCGGGGCUGUUACUCACAGAGACGCUUUAUAUUUGUUCUGAUUUUUUGCUGUUUUUCUUAAUCAGAAAUAAAGUUAUACAG